AUGGAGACUGUGGACCUCGUGGUCAUCGGCGCAGGUUGGAGCGGUCUGUCUGCUGUCAAAACCUAUCGUGAAAUCAACCCUGAUCACGAUGUUGUCUUGCUAGAGGCCGCUAGCUCUGUCGGUGGGGUGUGGGCUAAGCAUCGCCUAUACAAAGGUCUGAAAUCGAACAAUAUGUUGGGCACAUAUGAGUUUAGUGACUUUCCCAUGGACAGUCCGACGUUUGGGGUCACCACUGGACAGCAUAUUCCCGGUGAUGUCAUUCAAAAAUACUUGGAGGCAUACGCACAACACUUUGGCUUUAGAAAUUGUAUUCGACUGGACCACCGCGUUGAGAGCGCACGACACAAUUUGGAUGGAACAUGGCAACUGAGGGUAUCCCACGGGGAUAAUACGGCAACCUUCAACACCAAGAAGAUGAUUGUGGCCACGGGUAUUACCUCUCAGGCAUACCUACCAACAUUUGAAGGUCAAGACACCUUCGGGGCGCCCCUAUUCCAUUGUCGCGAUCUCCUGCAGCACCAAGAUGCAGUCUUACAAAGUGGAAAGCGCGCGACUAUCUUUGGCGGAACCAAAUCAGCUUGGGAUGCGGCAUAUGCCUGCGCGACAACCGGCAUGAAAGUCGACUGGGUCAUCCGAGAGUCUGGCCAUGGUCCUACCUGGAUGGCACCCCCUUACGUUACUCCCUUAAAGAAGUGGUUGGAGAAGCUGGUCACUACCCGGCUCUUGACCUGGUUCAGCCCGUGUAUCUGGGGAGAAGCAGAUGGGUACACAGGUAUCCGCAGCUUUUUGCAUGGGACCUGGCUGGGUCGUAAGAUCGUGGACGCUUUCUGGUCUAUCUUAGCAGACGAUGUCGUGCAACUGAACGGAUAUGACAAGCACCCCGAAACGAAAAAGUUGAAGCCGUGGGUGAGUCCGUUCUGGAUUGCAUCGUCGCUCAGUAUUCUCAAUUAUCCUACCGACUUCUUUGAGCUGGUCAAAAACGGCGCCAUCCGGGUGCAUAUUGCCGAUUUGGAACGUCUCUCAGAUCAUACGGUUCAUCUUUCAUCAGGUGAAGCCUUACCAACCUCAGCACUAAUCUGCUCGACAGGUUGGCGCGCUACUCCCAACCUCAAGUUCCUACCGGAGGGCAUCGACAGCGAAUUUGGCUUCCCCUGGAGCACAGAUCCGCUAGACGGAAAGAUGAUCAAAGCAGCUGAUGAAGAAAUAUUACGUCGGUUCCCCCGCCUCCGCGAUCAACCAACCCCGAAUCCUCUUUACUGCCCCUUGGAUGAGCAGUCCGAAGCGGCUGUACCGCAUCCCUUUCGCCUAGCGAAGUUUAUGGUGCCACUUUCCCUGGCGAAGGAGCGAUCGUUGGCAUUCAUGGGCAUCACCAUGACCAUUAAUACAACACUGAUAGCCCAAACGCAAGCAUUGUGGAUUUCAGCAUACUUCCGCGGCAAUCUGACUCCGACCGCAACCGAACACUGCCCACCUGCCGUGGUUGCUUCGUCUGAUAUCAAAACCGAAGACACUGCGGAGCUUGAUCUUGUCUGGGAGACUGCUUUGCACUCCGAAUUUGGCAAGUACCGCUAUCCAGGAGGGUUUGGACGACGCAAUCCCGACUUCGUGUUCGAUGCGAUCCCGUACAUUGAUUUGAUGUUGCGCGACUUGGGUUUAUCUUCGGGGCGCAAGCAAGGCCUUCUAGCAAGGUGUUUCCAGCCCUACGGCACGGAAGACUAUCGAGGCUUGGUUGAUGAGUGGAAAGCUAAGUGGUCCAUUCAGUGA